AUGGCUCCUCUAAUACAAUCGCGUCGUCUAUAUAAUCAAACCCUUACACUCAUUCAUAAGAAUCUCUUGAUAUUCUUCAAAUCCCCUAUCGCGACAUUUGUCAAGACACUUCUUCUACCAAUUAUCAUCACGAUCAUUUUUGUUUACUUGAAAGAAAUUCAACCUGACAUUAGUUCAUCCAAUGGAAUCACACGCACCGGACAGCCUGUCCUGGACCUCGCAGAUGCCAUUGACUCUAGUUCCUCGAAACGACUGGUCUUUGUGAUCAAUGGAAUGAGGGAGAAGCGACUCAUCGACAUUUUGGAAAAUAUUCGAGACUCACCUGAUAUGAAAGGGCGUGACUUCAGAAUUCUAGAUGAUCCCAACGAGCUCUAUGAAAACUGCAGACAGUCCAUUCAUGGAACCAGCGAUUGUUUUGCCUCGGUCAUGUUCACCACCUUCAACGCAACCCAUGUCGAAUACAACAUCGGAAUCGAUGAGGAUGUUAUCAAGAACACACCUUACAGCUACAGACCUGGACAAUCUGCCCUGUCGAGACGCGUUCUUCCGAUCCAGUGGGCCUUGGAUUCCCGGAUUGGGGGGUUCUCCUCCACUAAGAAGCCAACCGAGAGAAUGUUUAGUGGAUAUUUCGACGAAUCUGGCUCCAGUACGACUGAUGUAUCAGGCGAAGUAUACUGGCUUUCCAUCGUCAGUUAUUUCGCCGCCCCUUUAUUUGUCUUCCUCCUUCUGGUUGCAACCUACCACAUCAGCAGUUUCGUGGCAGGAGAGCGACAAAACUCUGUCGCGGAGCUUCUCAUGGCGCAGGGCGUCGGCACGAUUCCUCGCAUUUUGUCAAAUAUACUCUCAUUUUGCAUUCUCUAUGUUCCAGGGGUCAUCAUUUCCUCGCUGAUGCUUGGCGAGCUGCUUUUCACACGCACCUCGACUGGGCUCAUUUUUAUCCUCAUGCUUCUCGCGUGCUUUUCGUUCGUCGUUUCGGCUCAUUGCAUGGGCUCUCUCUUCGCGAAAUCUUCGACAGCCGGUCUGUGUACUUGCAUCCUCACAUUCAUUCUCGGAGUUGUGACAGUCGCGCAGAGUAUGACUUCCUUCCGAAAUCCAAGCGAAAUUGCCGGCCUAUCGUUCGUCUUUCCUUCCUACGCCUGGGCGACCCUCAUCCGAGAUAUAGCGACAGCAGAGUUUACGGAGCGAGGCUUCCCAGAUAUGCAAGCACAGGAGGAGGAUCAGGCCAUAAAUGGAUAUCUGUUCCUUCUUUUCUUUUCCUUGCAAAUACUCAUCUACGGAGCCGGCACGCUCCUCGUGGAACAUUUCCGAUGGGGUGUACCAAAACAACGCGAAUGGACGGAGUCCUCGAAUGACGUGGCCCUUCGAUUAGGACGCCUUUCAAAGACAUUCAAACGUGGCAAAAAGGCUGUGAAUGAUUUGAGUUUUGAGGUGCAGAAGGGUUCCGUUACCUUCCUGUUGGGUCCGAAUGGAAGUGGGAAGACCACUGCGCUGAAGUGUAUAUCCGGCAUGACCAAGGUGGAUCAAGGCUCUAAAAUUCAAUUCAGUCGGGAAGGACACUCAUUUGGCUUGUGCCCGCAGAAUAAUGUUCUUUGGGACGUUCUCACCGUGAACGAACAUGUUCGAAUCUGGGCGAAACUUAAGACUGCCGGCGGCGAUGCGUCUGUCAUUAAAAAUGCAGAUGAUGUGAUUGCUGAAUGCGAUCUGACAGGAAAGGCUCAUGCAGCAUCUGAAACGCUCAGUGGUGGGCAGAAGCGUCGACUGCAGCUGGCUAUUGCAUUUGCCGGGGGAUCGCAGGUGUGCUGUAUAGAUGAAGCAUCCAGUGGACUGGACCCAUUAUCUCGACGAAAUAUCUGGAAUAUUGUCCAGGAAGGGCGACGUCAUCGCACCACUGUUCUCACUACCCACUUCCUAGACGAGGCGGACGUUCUGGCCGACCACAUUGUGAUAAUGUGCAAGGGGAGCCUAGUCUGCCAGGGCUCUAGCACUUUCCUCAAGUCUCAAUACGGGGAUAGCUACAGAAUCCGUAUGGACGACGACGACGACGACGAAAUCGCUUGCAAGGCUGCGACGUCCGCAGAAGCUACUCAGAAAGUUCUUGAACUCGAGCGGAUACGAGAUGGGCUUGCCUGCCAUAUCACUUUCCCUACUCUUGAGCAAGUCUUCUUGAAAACAACGUCAGAAUACGGUACCGCUGUCAACGCCAUCGGUGGUGAUGGAAUUGUCGGCGAGCAGGAGAUACCCGAUGACUCGACCACGGCUGUUGAAGAUAAGAUCCUCGCUAUGGAGAGUGAAUAUGCUGGUCAGGACCUAAGCUUGGAUGUCGGACGUUCAGUGGGAGUGUUUCGCCAGAUAUGGGUGCUCUUCCGAAAGCGCUGCCAGUUACUCAUGCAGUGGUCUGGACUGACUGUGUACGCGGUCAAUCUUGUCAUUCCGAUUUUAGUCGGAGUGGCCUUGACCAAUGCCAUGUAUGAUUGGAAGGCCCUCGAUACGUGUGAGAAUAUGUAUCAGAGGUAUGAACAUCCCCGUGGGGCUGAAUUCCCUCCGUUGAUGGAGGCGAUGACACCGAAUAUUCCGAUGACUACAGAGCGAGUUUAUGCGGGUGUCCUAGGACCACAAAGGCUAUUUUCUAGUGAUACACAGGAUAUUCUCUAUCUCGAAAGCUUUGCGUCGAUGUUCUCCGGGUCCAAGUCACAAACUUUGAAAGACAGGAUGCUCGUCAACAGCCAAGAUGAUUUUGAGAAAGCUAUGUUCAAAAGUUUUGGAGAUAUUCCUUUCGGCAUAUACGCUCCUACCCCAGAUAACGCAAUCUUUUACCACGAUGCAAGCUAUUAUUAUGCUGCAAACGGAAUCAAUGCCUUCAGCUUCCUGACAAAUCGACUUGCCAACUCGACAGCGGACAAUCAGGCGAGGUUGGUGUCGACGACACUGCGGACAUUUCGCCAUGUACAGCCGGUGCAUGACUGGAGGAAUAUGCCGAUCUCUAUUUUAAUAGUAGUUGCAUUCAUGGCAGCUGUUUCGACAACUGCCAUUUAUCCAAUGUACGAGCGAAUUUCCAAGGUACGCGCGCUGCAAUAUAGCAACGGUGUCUCCCCAUUUGCGCUCUGGACAGCGUACCUCCUAUUUGAUUUCCAAUUCAUUCUUGUCGAAGCUCUGGUUGUCUACGGACUCCUUUUCGUCAACCCGAUCAACGAUGUCUGGUACCGACCAGAUUGCAUUUUCGGCGCUUUUAUUCUCUUUGGAAUAGCAUCUUAUCUUGGUGCAUAUCUCAUUUCUAACAUGGUACGUCGCGGAGGGUUCUUCGCGGCGUUGGGAAUCCACAUUGUGCUCUUCGUUCUCUACUUCAUCUCCUACGUUGCGAAUCAGUAUAGCGGCUCGGUUGAUUCUCAGCAGGACAUCUACGACUACCUCCAAGCCGGGCUCGGUCUCAUCGCCCCCGCUGCAAAUCUCGCUCGCGCUCUCUUCGUCGGCAUGAACACGUUUGACGUCCUGUGCGGAAAGUUCGGAGACCGGUAUACGGCUUAUCCCUUCGAUUACGACCUUUAUGGCGGUGUCUACGCAAAUCUGACCUACCAAUGUCUCUUCCUCAUCGGUUGUCUAGCGCUCCAUGAAUACGGUAGCACAGACUGGUUCGGACCCUUGUUUUUCUGGCGCCGAAGGCUUCCCGUCAGAGUGCACCACAGGGUGGACGAUACAGAGAUGACUUCCUUCGAGAGCACGCGAAAUAUUGUCGGCGAGGAGAGAUCGCAGGCCGUGCCAGAAAACGCGAUCCUCGAAGUCGAUCGCGUCAGCAAGCACUUCGGGAGCUCGUUCGCUACGCAGAAUGUCUCACUUUCCAUCUCGGCGAACGAGACUCUGGCACUAUUGGGUGGGAACGGUGCCGGUAAGACGACCACUAUUAAUAUGAUUCGCGGGGAGCUGAAACCGGACUACGGAAACGUCUACGUGAAUGGUAUUUCGAUGUCUCGGCAACCUGGACAAGCGAGGUUGAAUAUCGGAGUGUGUCCGCAGGACGAUGCGGUUGAUAAUUUGACCGUACGGCAAACGCUGGAAUUUUAUGCCGCCGUGAAGGGGCUGCAAAGGGUCAAAGAGAAUGUGGAUGAGGUCAUGAAUGCGUUGGAUAUCACGCAGUACCAGAAGGUGGCGGCCAAGGCGUUGAGUGGUGGAACUAAGAGGAAGUUGACAGUUGCGAUCGCUUUACUUGGGAACCCGUCUUUAAUCCUCCUUGAUGAGCCUUCUACCGCGCAAGAUGCCGGCGCGAAGCGGAUUCUAUGGCGGGCACUUAAGAGGAUCCGUACAAACAGAGCUAUCCUUCUAACAACGCAUAGUAUGGAAGAGGCCGAAGCUCUGGCUUCAAGUGUUGCGAUUAUGCGAACCAGGUUGCUCGCUUCUGGGACGCUGAAUUCGCUCAAUGACUCCUAUGGCGGUGCUUUUCGACUACGAGGUGUGCGCUGCGAGGAUGUCGGUACCGAAAUGGCCAAGCACGAAGUGACGAGGUCCUUUUCGAAAGCAGGUCUUCAUGCUAUGAAGUACUCUGAUAUGAAAGGAUUGGUUGAAUUUUUUAUUAAGUACGAGAAGCGGAACUUGGGACAGAUCAUGUCCAUCAUGGAGGGCUUGAAGGGGAGUACCGCGACCAUGGGUAGCCAAGCUUAUGCUGGUAGCGCUGGAUCUUCGGCUCCAGAAACGAAGACUAUGAAAGUGUUUGAGGAGUAUACCCUGAUCGAACCAACUUUGGAGGAAGUCUUUAUGAAUGUUGUUCAAGAGGCCGAAGCUUCUGAAGGACUAUGA